AUGGGGGCAGUUAGUACAAGUAGAUAUCAUUAUCUUAUUCCUGGAGAUAAGAUAACACUAUAUGUUGAGGUUGGUGAGGAGCCACUUGCAGUUGAACAACCAUUUGGUAAUGAGGAAGUAGCAAAUGAUGAUGAUGUGCAUGAGGUGGGUGAGAGUGAUGAUGAUGUGCAUGAGGUGCAUAAGGGGGGUAAUGUGAAUGCUGAAGGAGGUGGUGGACAAGAUUUUGAUUGGUUAGAGGAAGGGUUUGAGGGGCCAGAAUUUGAUGAUGAUGUAUUUGGAAAUGUAGAUGAUGGGCCAUCUACACAUGCAGCCCCACAUAGGACUACUGCAACUGACAAUGACCCACCUCUUGAAGAUGACAUAGAAAGUCUAGUAGGGUUUGAUGAUGAUCAGCUAGCACCAGCUGCAAAAGAACCUGAGUUUAAUGUCCAAAUUGACAUGAGAAAACCAGAGUUUAGGAAAGGAAUGAAGUUUCCAAACUCUAAAGUUUUUAGGGAGGCAUUGAGAGAAUAUGCGAUAAAGAAGGCAAUAGAUAUCAAGUUCAAGAUGAAUGAGAAGAAGAAGAUAUCAGUUUAUUACAUCAAUGAAUGUGGAUGGAGGUGUUAUGCAUCUCAACUACCUAGAGAGUUGACAUUCCAAAUAAAAACAUUCAAUCCAGAGUGCACUUGCCCUAGAUUCUUCAAACACAGCCAAGUGACUUCAAGUUAUGUUGCAAAAAAGUUUAUACAGGAGUUUGACAAAAACCUCAAUUGGAAAGUGGCUAGUGUUCAACAUCAUGUGAAGCAAGCACUUGAAAUUGACAUAAGUUACAGUCAAGUGUAUAGGGCAAAAAGGAAAGCUACUGACUUGAUUACUAGGGAUGAACAGCUGCAAUAUGGGAAACUUAGGGAUUAUGCAGAGAUGAUAAAAUUGAAUGAUAAAGGAAGUAGGGUUAUUUUGCAAACUGAAAUGGAAGAUGAAAAUGCACAGCCCAAAUUUAAGAGAAUGUAUAUUAGGUAUAAUGCACAAAAACUUGGGUUUUUGGAAGGUUGUAGACCAAUCAUUGGUUUAGAUGGGUGUCACUUGAAAGUGAGAUUUGGGGGGCAAAUACUUUCUGCCAUAGCUAGAGAUGCAAAUGAUAAUAUUUUCCCAGUUGCAUUUGCUGUUGUUGAGCAAGAAAACAAAGAUUCAUGGGUACGGUUUCUGCAGCAGUUUUCAGAUGACAUUGGGAAUCCAGAGCAACUUAAUUUGGUCUUCAUCAGUGAUAGACAAAAGCCAAGUGCAUCUGUGAGCACUAGUCAAGGAAGUGGUGGUGGUGUUGCUAGGAGGUUUAAAGGCAGAAAGUUUUAA